GGAGCUGGUCAUAUUCAAGUCAGAAACCAACACACACACACACACCGUCACUUCUGCACACACUUACUUACACACUUUCUCUCACACAGUUAGUUGCGGAUUUAUAGGAGAGCAGAUUCAAACGUAGGGGACGAUCUGCAAAGCAGGGUGUGUGAUGGCUGAUCUUGGUCCUGAGUUUUUCUCUGAGCAGGAGCUGACGUGCUCCAUCUGUCUGGACCUGUUUACCAAGCCUGUGUCCACGCCGUGUGGUCACAAUUUCUGCCAGAGCUGCAUCGGGGGUUACUGGGCCUCGAGCGUCGAGUGCACGUGUCCUCUGUGUAAGCGGCCCUUUGAUGGCCGACCAGAACUCAGCAUCAACCUUGUGUUCGCUCACAUUGCAGACAAGUACAAAGAGAUGCGCUAUGGUGGGCCACCACCCAUCAAACCACGGAAGAAUAUACCAGCGGCCACGACCACAGCAGCAGCAACAGCAGCGGCAGAAGCAGCAGCAGGUGGUGGAGGACUCGUCCUGCAGAAUGGCUCCAGCACCUCGGACAUCCCAUGUGACGUGUGUACCGGCAGGAAGGAGCGAGCCGUGAGCUCCUGUCUCACCUGCAUCGCCUCAUACUGCGAAACGCAUGUCCAACCGCACUGCCAGAACCCAUUCUAUGCCUCACACCGACUCCUGGACCCGCGCGAGGCUCUGCAGGGGCGCACAUGUCACCUACAUGGCCGGCUGCUGGAGGUGUUCUGCCGCACAGACCAGCGUUGCAUCUGCGCCAUCUGUGUGCUGGAGGAGCACCGGACUCACGCCACUGUCUCUGUGCAGACUGAGCGCGCCGUCAAACAGAGAAUGCUCGGCAAAACCGAACUGGACAUCCAGAGGUCCAUCGAGAGACGGGCCCUGCGUGCCAAAGAGCUCAAACAGAGACUGCAGUUCCUCAGGAACUACGCCCAGGCCGAGCUCUCCGAGGUGGAGCAGGUCCUCUAUGAUGUCACUCAGUCAGUGGAGCGAAUCCACAGGGAGCUGGUGGGUGGGAUUGAGGACAAGCGAGACUCUGUGAUUGGCCAAGGAGAGAGGAUUGUGUCUCAGCUGGAGGCAGAGAUGGGUAAGCUGCAGGAGCGCAGGGCUCAACUGGAGGUCCAGGCCACAUCAGAAGACCACAUCAGGUUCCUGCAGAGCUUCGAGGAGGUGAAUGCUCCGUAUCAGGACACCAUGACACUCAACAACGAUCCUGACCUGGAGUUACACUUCUCUUUCGGAGAGGUGAAGAACACGCUGAGCGAGAUACGAGAGAGACUCGACGACAUCCACAUGGGCGAGGUUCAGUACAGACACUCAGUGACAUCACUGCCUGAGACGGAGAGCAUGUUGAGCAUCAGGUCUAAUAAGAAGAGGGACUUUUCAUUGAAAGAUCUGCGAAAAUUAAAAUCAGGAUCCAGUCUGAAAAAGGUCAGAGGUUAUACAGAGGACGUGACAUUAAACCCCGUGACGGCGUAUCCCUUCCUCAUCCUCUCUGAGGACAGGAAGCAGCUGAAACGCGGAGAGAAGCUACAGUUCUUCAGGAACAGCACUCAAAGAUUCGAUGUGUGGAGCUGCAUUACUGCUAAAGAGGGAUACGACACAGGACGCCAUUACUGGGAAGUGAGUGUUGGUGAUAAUAAAGACUGGAAAGUGGGUGUGGUCAGAGACUCCGCCCAGAGGAAGGGGCUGUUCGAUAUGAGUCCCAGCAACGGAUACUAUGUGCUGUGGUGGAGCACCAAUCAUCUGCAAGCGCUCACGGGCCCGCCCCUAGUGAAGGUGAAGAUGAAUGGCCGACUGCGUUACCUGGGCGUGUACCUGGACUGCGAGGAGGGUCAGGUGACCUUCUACAAUGCCAAGACAGGCUCUGAGAUUUACUCAUUUACUGCAGAGGGAGCUUUCAGCGAGAAGAUGUUCCCUUUGUUCGGCACGUCCGAUAAAGAAAUCCCACUUAUGUUACCGGGGGGGCCUACACACACACCUGAGUGAGGGAGAAGGGGGAAAGGGGCGGGGCAGUGGGGACAAAAAUCAGGUAGCAAAGGAAAGAGGAGAAAGAGAAACGUAUAGUGUUAAAGCAGUAAAAGAGGAGAGAAGGAAUGAGACCCCAAACUCAAAGAAAAUGUCUUGUAAAGACCUGAGGAGUUUAAUCAGUCUGUUUAUCUGCUUCUGCUGUGUAUUUACUUCAGUGUGUGUGUGUGUGUGUGUGUGUGU